AUGAAUAAAAUAAAACUAAUAAAUCAAAUAAAUCAAAAAGAACUUAAAUCACAUAAUCUAACUUAUAAAUCAUCAUGGCAUUAUGAUUAUAGAGAUACAAAUUAUAUAUAUAUAGGAAACAUUCCACAAACUAUAAAAUAUAAAGAUAUAAUAAUAAUAUUUAGUCAAUACGGUAUACCAACACAUUUAAAUUUAAUAAUUAAUAAAGAAACAGGUAAACAUCGAGGUUUUGCGUUUUUAAAAUAUUCAAAUUUUAAAAGUUGUAUUUUAGCAAUUGAUAAUUUUAAUGGUAUAAAAAUUAAUUCUAAUAUGUUAAUUGUUGAUCAUAAUUAUUAUAAAUUACAUUAUAAUGAAAAAGAAGAUGAUUAUUUAAUAAAUUAUGAUGAAAUAAGAAAAGAAAUUGAAAAUGGUAAAUUGAAAGAAGAAGUUGAAGAGAAAAAUCAAAAACUAAUAACGUCUAAUGAAGAACUGAUUGAACAAGAGAAAGACAAAAUUGAGUUUGAAAACGAAGAUGAAUUCAAAGAUCCAAUGGAGAAUGUCAAUAACAAUAACGAAGAUGACGAAUUCGUAGAUCCAAUGGAGUCUUUUAUAAAGAGUAAGUCAAAGGAAAAAUCACACAAAUCAAGACAUCAUAGAAGUAAUCGACAUAAAUCUAAAUCUCAUAAAUCAUCUACAUCAAGAAGAGAAGAAGAUACAAUAGAAGAUAGAGUUCGAGAAAAAAGUCCAGAAAGAGAAUCAGAAUCUUGA